GUACUGUAACUGACUAACUGUGUAGGGCUAAACCCUGAUUCAGUUGGAAGUUGGAGCGUCUAAAACCUUGGAAUAGCAAUGGCUGGGCGCUACGGAUCGCUCUCUCGGGCUCUUCUGUCUACAGCAAGGACGGCUACUCCCCGGUCGACGCCAUCCAUUUCCCUCCUCCGCUCACCAACGCUUCUCGGCCAGCGCCUUCAAUCUCGCCGUCUUCUUUCCGGCAUUCUACCCAGGACUAAUGGAAUAUUAGGUUGUACUCAAUCGCUACUGCCGCUGCACAGCGCGCUGGCGGCGGCUCGCUUGACUUCGCACAUCGAAGUGGAGGCGCGCUCUUGCUGCGAAUUGUCUCAGGGUACUUGAAAUUUAUAGCAGUAGAUGUUAGCAAGCAAACAUUGCAGUAAAGAAGCAGUCAAACUAUGGAAGAUAAUAUACCAUUUUGUCCUGGUUUAGCAAAACUGUAAGCUUUAGUUCCUUUUUUGGUAUUCACUUAUAAUGGAUGAUGAUAUGUGGAAUCAUUUACUGUAUGUUGUUGGGAUUCCUCCCUCUGUAUUUUUAGUUGACAUUCUUCUGACAAGAUUUAUUGUACGAAUAAAAUACUACCCAAAAAUAUUCCUCUGCUCCUUGAAGCUUCUUCAUUGCUCUUGU